AUGCGUGAUGAUGUCAGAGUACGUGACAGGUAUGGAAGAGGGAAGAGAAGUUAUUAAAGAGUGCGAUGACUGUUGGAGUGAGUUCAAGAAUUAAAGUUAAGAAGAAGUGAGAAACAUUACAACAAUAAUGACACAUGGCAAAGGUUAAACAAGUGGAUCUUGAGCUUUGCUUUAAAAGCAUCCACAGAACAUUCUAGUCUUAUUUCCACAGGAAAAUUACCUUCAUCUUAGCUGACAAUCGGGGUGUUAGGUGUUUAGGAUAUCCCAGUCUUUAGUUGACCUGUCCCAACUUUUUGGGAACACGUUGCAGGCAUCAAACUCAAAAUGAAUGAAUCUUUUAAAAAAGCAAUAAAGAUUAUCAGUUUCAACAUUGAUAGACUGAACAAAUUGAAUGUCUUGUCUCUGUAAUACAUCAAAUAGAAAAUAGGUGGAAAAGGAUUUGCAAAUCAUUGUAUUCUGUUUUUAUUCUUGUUUUGCACAACAUUCCAGCUUCAUUGGAAUUUUUUUGUUGGUUUUUUUAGCAUUUUAUGACCCUUUUGGGCUGGUAUUCCAGUGAUGUAAAGUUAGACACAGUAAAAGGUGUUACUUCUUACUCAGCUAGGCCGACACAAAAUGACCUGAAAGUUGUGCCUUUAUAAAAAAUGUUUGGGGCUAGCUGUUAGCACCCACUGAGCCCACCUCCCUGAAAAAGACAUGGUCUGGAUGGCAGCACAUGUUGCUCCUAAACCUUUAUGUACCAUAGACUGUAUGUAUCAUGGACAACUUUGCUCCGCCUUCCGUCACUAUGCGAAUUUUAAUCCAAAAUGCUCUUGCUCGCCCAUAGGCUAAAUCGAGUGUCAAUCAUACAAAACAUGAACCCCUAAUAACUUUUAAAAAUGGAGCUGCACAGGAAAAAGAGGACUUGAGCACAAACCAGUCUUACAAUCACUUAAUGUCAAUAUCGCAACCAGGGAGGAGAACAAUUUGUAGUCUGUGUAAUUAAUUUCUCAAGUUUGUCUACAACACCAUAAGGAUUGCUGGAGGAAGCAGGGUUUAUGACCUAUACUGCAACCAGUCACCAGGGGGUGCUGUUCUCGCAGAGGUUAAUAACAUACACAGUGCUUCUCAACCAUUUUUAAAUCACAUUUCACAAAUUAUGUUCACAUUACCUCAUUAAGUCUCACAGCAAUGGUCAGUUUUGACAUUUACAACUUUAAAAAUGGUGGAUAAACACUGAGUUUUUGGCAGAAGCAGCAGAUCUGUAGAAGCAGCCCUUAGAUUUGAUGUUUUAAAAGUUUUACACUUGUGUUACUUUAUCUCCCUUUUCCCUUUUGUAUCUUUUAUACUUGAUAUAUGAAAUAUGAUAUGUGAUAUGAGAUGAUACUCUCCAGAACUGCACUGAUAAAAGAAGCAUGUUUGUCCACAUCUACUCAGCCCAAAUAAACAUGAGCAGAAAAACCGGAAUAGUUGUUGGUGGUAGGUGGUUCAACAUCCUCACAGUAAAAAAAGCAGGAGGAGAGAAAACUGCCACCACACCCUGCACACAUCUCGGUGUCUAAGCCUCAGGUUUUCAGUGAUGGCGCGCAAAAGUUUAGAGAUUCUGAAAUUUAUUUGUUUGAUCACAUGGACCAUUAUAUGUGUCGUAGUUUUAUGGGGAGUUUUCUCAGAAAACUUGAGGUAAGUUCUUUUUGUAAUCAGAGAAUGUGCUUAUUCCAUCUAUGAUCUUUUCUAGCAUGUUUAUUGCACUUUCUGCCAGAUAAACCUCUGUGUAAGCAGAUUUAAGGGUUUUUAACCAAAGGGAAACACCCGCACACUGUUCAACUUGCAGAGAGAGGAACAAUUUAUUUGCAACUUACUAUACCUUCAUCAGGCAAAUCAUAGAUGCGUGAUGUUACCUCUCCGAGGGUAUUUUAACCCACAUUGUCUUGUUCAGCUACCCUUCCUCCCCAGAAUACAAGUACAAAGCUCUAUUGAAGGCGUUGAAUGCAAGAGUCGACUUGAUAUCACAACUUGACGGGUUUGAUGCAACAACAGUCGGAGCCACCUCACCUGAUGCUGAGACUCCCAUGCCUCCUCUCGACAUCGAGUCAUUCACAAAGUAUCCUGUUUGGGAUUUUGAGGACAUCUAUAACCAGGAUGCUCCCCCCAGAAAGACAGUAAGCAUGAUGAACAAGGACUGAGUUGUUUUAAAGGGUUUAACAGUGUGGGAGUGGAUAAUCAUAGCUGCUGCUUAUUUGCACAGUGUUCGGUUGUUUUCCUUCAUGGUUGUUAAAACUUGUUCUACAGACAGUUUGCACGAAUAUUUUGGUGAUUGUCAAUCUUUAAUCCCUCGUGUCUUUCCCUCUGUUUUGAUAAUGCUACUGUCAACCCCCUUUAAUAAGUAAACCUUCCCUUGAUCUGAAUAAGUCAUUUCAGUCCAAUCUCAAAGUUCAUGUUUUUAGCAAGUUCUGAUGUACACGGUUAGAAUCAAAUCUUCAACUUUGCUUUUUGUUUUAAAAAAUUAAUAUGUUAUUUUACAUCUCAGACCUGUGUCCAGUCUCUGCGAAACUCCCAGGAUGAGAGCUUCAAGAAGGCUUUCCUUCCCAACAUCCGGCUGUAUCUCCACAAAGACAACUUCAACAUGAGCGAGUGGAACCGGUUCUCACACUUUAACAGUCCAUUUGGUUUUAUGAGUUACGAAUAUAAAGGUAAUAUAGCUUUGUUUGUAUUAUAACCUUAACUUGAUCUUUACAGAUAUUUUCAGAAAAUGUUAUGAGACAUAAGCUGUCAAGUGCUAACAAGAUCCAUGGAGGUCAUGAAGGUUCUUGUUGUAAGUUGUUUGAUUAUUGUGUCUUCAUUUAGCAUGUUUUUGUUCCUGUUUUGGUUUGCAGAUGUGAUAGAGGCGAUUAAGUUGAUUCCAGAACCAAAAGAGCCACUAUUCCCCCCAAAGCUAGGAGGUGAUGGGUGUGUGCGAUGUGCUGUGGUGGGCACAGGGGGAAUCCUGAACGGCUCCAAAAAGGGGAAAGAAAUCGAUGAUCAUGAUUAUGUUAUCCGGUAAGUAAUGAGAAGAGAAUCAUUUCUGCUUAUUAGGGGCUAUUUUGCUGAAAAAAGGCUUCAAACCAUUUUAUUAUUUGGAUCAGUUUUUGUUGGUUUAGUGCCAGUCUGUGAGAAAUAUUAUCUCAAGACACUUUUGUUUGUUAUUCACAAACCAUAACAAAGAACUCAUUCACAUUUCCAGCUAUCAGUGACAACUACAUGCGGACGAAAAACUUAUCAGCAUGUAGAAGUCAACUAUGAAGUAGGCCAGUAUGGUACGGUUUGUUUUUUUUGCCUCCCUCGAUUUCACUGUGUCAUUUUUACUCUCCUGGAAGUACAACAGAGUAAACCGCUCAGAAAAUCUCCAAUUGAAGCUGAUGAUACUUGAAAUGUUGAUCUGUGGGGAAAGCUCUUAUAUUUAAACGUGUUUCUGUUUCAGGAUGAAUGGUGCGCUCACUAAGAAUCACGAGGAGGAUGUAGGAAACAGAACUUCUGUGUAUGUUCACACAGCUCACGCCAUCACCGGUUCUAGGUAUUUACUGGGCAAGUACGGAUAUACAAAUGCCCCUGCUGACAAGGUAUCUGAACUUUGAUGAAAACAGCAAAAUACUUAAAUUGUCUUAACUCCUGCACUCAUCCUUCAUCAUUUUACUUUGGCAGGGAAUAAAAUAUGUGAUGAUUCCUGAGGAUAUGAGGGAUUUUCAAUGGCUCACCGGUCUUCUUAAAAGAGAGAGGGUUGCUGCUGGACAGUAUCGUAACUAUAAGUGAGUAUCAGCUCUUAAAAUAUUAUCAGAUUGUGCACACACCAAAACAUGCUUCUUGUCUCUCAUGUUGGGGACUUAUUGGAUUGUCAUCUUGUUUAUGGAAAAGUUAAAUAGCUGCACUUUCUUCAGGUAGAAAUCUUCUAUCCACUGAGUAAGAACAUAGGGGUUUGGCAGUCUGCUCACGCUCAGGUCCUCAAGUAAUACGCCCUGUCUCAAAGAGUCACCUCACAUAUUCAGAAUUUUUACUUUGUUCUUCUUACAUAAUAUAUGAAACGAACUGAGGGCUGUGCCUUUCCACAAAUAUAUGAAUGUCUCAUUUCUAAAAUUAGUUUAAAGACAUCUCUUGAUUUUUGUUUUCGAACCCUCCAGGCCAUGGACAUACUACAGCAACCAAUUCAACGAAAGCCACUUUUACGUUCUGCACCCGGACUUCCUCAGAUACGUGCGAAACAGGUUAAGUUCUUGAUCAUCACACUCAACUUUUUUUAUGGUUUGUAUCAGUGUUAGUGUAAGAAGUUGAAAAAGAUAAACAAAACUAAUCAGGUAUCCUACAUUAAAUGCAUUAUUUUCUGUGUUUAAUUCCCAUAGAUUUUUAAAGUCUCCUAAUCUGAACAAGGAUUUCUGGAGGUUAGUCAGACCAACCAACGGGGCUUUUGCUCUCUUCGUGGCUCUACAUACAUGUGACAUCGUAAGCUAUCCCCAGUUUCUAAUUUCUUUUUACUCCUCAUACACUUUUAAAUGUUGUUCUGAAAACUCUUUUGUGUCAUGUGAAAUGUUUUUUAAGGUAGAUCUGUUUUUGUCAUCCCCAGGUGUCCGCAUACGGGUUCAUAACUGACGACCACAGCAAGUACAACAACUACUACUAUGAUGAUGGAGGCACCAAAACCCAUAUCAUUUUUUAUAUCAACCAUGACUACAACUUGGAGAAGGAUGCCUGGAAAAAGCUGCACAACACCAAAAUAAUGAAGCUUUAUCAAAAUGUGUGA